AUGCAAGACCGAAACCACGCAGACAAGGAGACCAAUGGCUUCGCAAGGGAUCUGACCACUCAAGAUGGAAACUCGUUCCGCGACCCCUUUGCAAAACAUGACGCGACGGAACCGUUCCCCGCAACCAAAGAGCAGCACCAUGUGCGCAAAACAUCCCACCCGGAAAACAAGCGGCCGAACACCGACACUGUUCCCCUUGAUCCAACUGACGAGAACAGCAAAUGGAUUCACCGAGAUAAGCUGGCCAGGAUAGAGAGUGAAGAGCUGCAAGCCGCGGGUAUCAUCCUGCCCAAGCCUAGAGCCCAGAGCCGGCCGCGUAGGGAACGCAGCACGGAGAAAAUGAACGGCCACAGACGAACAACAGAUGCCUCGGAUGGGCAGCCCCUACCGAGAUCUCGCAAGAACUCAACACUUGCGCCGGUAGAAAGUACGCCUGAGAUGGAGACAAACGGCUGGGAUUUCCGGCUCCCUGAUGAGAUUGCGGAGGACCCUGGUGAUUACUGGGUAAAGCCGGAGCCUACUGGAACCAAAGUCUCACGCAUACCGAUCCCCAAGGCCAGUCCCGUGCCGAUCCCGGUCGACCAUCUCGAGCGAGAUACCCCACUGCCACGGAAGCAGGGUGGCUUGGUCCCAGACGAAGGGUUCUCGCUUACAAUGCCCAAAGCUCGUUCCCGUAGCAGCAGCAUACCUGCCCUGGAAGAAGCAACGAAAGUCCAACCUGCGAAGCGUGCCGUUACUGAGGGAUCGCCAAAGAAGAAGGCGACGACGAAUGGGCCACGCAAGCCAUCUGCUGCUGCAAAGCAGGGUUCAACGAGGACCCGAACCGGACCCAGCAGGGACUCCGGCUGCAGCACCAACGGUGCACGCCCGAAUACGAGGUCUGGCGAUUUAUCUCCCAUAUCAAAGUCGGCACCUGAGGGAGAGCCCCCCUGGAUGAUCUCUGCAUACAAACCCGAUCCACGCCUGCCUCCUGACCAACAAUUACUCCCCACUGUUGCAAGGCGAUUACAACAGGAGCAAUGGGAGAAGGAGGGCAAAUUCGGCAACAUAUACGACAGGGAAUUCAGACCACUAAACGACGAGGGCUAUCUGAGGCCGCCCGAGUUGCAGAAGCCUGCCCCUACCUCUGAAGACGACAAGGAGAAGCACGAUGAAUGGCCGCUUCGACCUGAGGCUAAGAGUCCCACUUCAAGUCGGCCCGGCACAAGCUCGUACUCGACGAUGCCUAGGAUCCAGGACAAGCCGGUUGCAAGUCCGCUCGCUAGUCCAAGAUCACCACAUGUACCAACAAUGCCAAGCCAGAUCACCAGGAUACCUGACCCACCGCAAGAGUCCCGGGAAAAGGAAUCUAAGAGAGGUGGUUGCGGUUGCUGCCUCGUCAUGUGA